AUGGCCCCAAACCAGCACUUUACUAAUGGUUUUCAAAGCACUACUACGGUAUCUGAUAUAACCUUAAUUGAACGCAACAAAGAAGUGGCCCUAGAAGAAACACAUGAUGACGAGUACUUACCAAUCGUGUCCGAGGUAGAGAAUGCGAAAUGCGAGUGUUGUGGAAUGUGUGAGGAGUGCACCCGCGAGUACAUAAGGCGGGUGCGUGACAUGUUCUCGGGGAGGUUAAUAUGCGGGUUGUGUGCUGAAGCUGUGAGUGUGGAGAUGGAGAAGAAUGGUGGAAAGCGAGAGAAAGCUGUGAAAGAGCACAUGAGCGAUUGUGUGAAGUUCAAUAGGCUUGGUAGGUCAUAUCCUGCUCUGUAUCUUGCUGAAGACGUCAAAGAGAUCUUGAAGAAGACUCAGAAAAAAGGCCAUGUCAAGGCCGGGGCACAGGGACGAUGA